CUGAGUGGCCGCGCUGGCGCCGCGGAGAGGGACGCGUCAGUGUCCGCGCGGCUUCUGGCGGGCGCGAUGGCCUCGUUCGUCACCGAAGUCCUGGCGCACUCGGGGAGGCUGGAGAAGGAGGAUCUGGGCACCCAGAUCGGCCGUCUGACCCGGCAGGUGGAGGAAGUCAAGGGUGAAGUGUGCAGUUUGAUCAGCAAAAAGUACAAUGAGUUCCUGCCUAGCAUGCAGAGUGCUCAAGACCUGGUGGCGCAGGUGGAUAAACUCUCUGAGGACAUCGACCAGCUGAAAUCCAGAAUAGAGAGAGAGGUUCGCCGAGAUCUUCACGUAUCAACAGCCGAAUUCACAGACCUGAAGCACCAGUUGGAUAGAGACUUAGUCGUCUUAAGUUUGCUUAAACAGCUACAAGAGUUUUCUACUGCUAUUGAAGAAUAUAAUUGUGCGCUAACAGCAAAGAAAUAUGUCACUGCCGCUCAGCAUCUAGAAGAGGCACAGAAAUGCUUGCAGUUAAUAAAAUCCAGAAAAUACUUUGACUUAAAGAUAUUGAAGUCUCUCAGCAUGGAGUUCACAGUUCAGAAGCAGAACAUACUUUAUCACCUUGGAGAGGAGUGGCAGAAAUUGAUUGUAUGGAAGUUCCCACCAUCAAAAGAUAUCAACAACUUGAAAUUUUGCCUGCAAACAGAACUUCAUUUAUGUACUGAACAGGCUCAGAAGGAGGAGAACGGCCAGGCGCCACCAAUCAGCUCUGUCCUCUUAGCAUUUUCUGUUCUCGGGGAGCUGCAUACCAAGUUGAAAUCAUUUGGUCAGAUGCUGCUAAAGUAUAUCCUUAUGCCUCUGGUAUCUCAGCCAUCCCUUCAUGCUAUGAUAGAAACUCAGCCCAAUGUCACUAUCAUUCGCUUUGAAUCUGUGGCGACAGACUUGGAGCACCCAUCACCGUGUGAAGUUUUUACAAAGAUCAGACUGAUACUAGAGGUGCUACAGAAACAACUUCUAGAUUUGCCGGUUAAUAAUGACCUAGAAAGUGAAAAAACAUCUGAAAUAAUUUUGCCCGAGAUCCUGGGUGAGCUGAUCUGGGAGGACUUAUCUGAGUGCCUGAUUAAGAACUGUUUGGUCUAUUCUAUCCCAACGAACAGCAGUAAGCUACAGCAGUACGAGGAGAUCAUACAGUCCACUGAAGAUUUUGAAAAUUCUCUAAAGGAGAUGAGAUUUUUAAAAGGCGAUACCACUGAUCUGCUGAAAUAUGCCCGAAACAUAAAUUCUCACUUUGCCAACAAGAAGUGUCAGGAUGUGAUCGUGACGGCUAGAAAUCUAAUGACUUCUGAAAUUCACAACACUGUGAAGAUUACUUCUGAUUCUAAGAUAUGUGUGCCAGACUUACCCAGUCCUGAGGAGGCCGACAAGUUAGCAGUACAGAAAGUGUCCACAGCUGACUACAAAGAAGUGAAUUUGGAGUCAGAAAAUACACUGGACCAACACACAUUUUCUUUCCCUACCUGCCGCAUCAGUGAGUCUGUGAAGAAUUUAAUGGAGCUUGCCUAUCAGACAUUACUAGAGGCGACAACCAGCAGCGAUCAGUGUGCCGUUCAGCUUUUUUACUCUGUGAGGAAUAUCUUCCAUCUGUUCCACGAUGUCGUACCAACAUAUCACAAGGAGAAUCUUCAGAAGCUGCCCCAGUUGGCUGCCAUUCACCACAACAAUUGUAUGUUCAUCGCGCACCACUUGCUCACGCUGGGCCAUCAGUUCCGAUCACGUCUUGCUCCCAUUCUUUGUGACGGCACGACCACUUUUGUGGAUCUUGUUCCUGGCUUCAGGAGACUUGGGACAGAGUGUUUUUUAGCCCAACUGCGGGCACAGAAAGGAGAGCUUCUGGAAAGAUUAUCAAGCGCUAGAAAUUUUUCCAAUAUGGAUGACGAAGAGAAUUAUUCUGCAGCAAGUAAAGCAGUCCGGCAGGUACUCCACCAGCUAAAGAGACUUGGAAUUGUGUGGCAGGAUGUCUUGCCCGUUAAUAUAUAUUGUAAGGCCAUGGGGACUUUGCUCAAUACGGCAAUUGCUGAGAUCAUUGGCAGAAUCACAGCUCUUGAGGACAUCUCAACUGAAGAUGGUGAUAGAUUAUAUUCCUUAUGUAAAACAGUGAUGGAUGAAGGGCCCCAAGUAUUUGCACCUUUAUCUGAAGACAGCAAGAAUAGGAAGUACCAGGAGGAGGUCCCCGUGUAUGUGCCAAAGUGGAUGCCGUUCAAAGAGUUAAUGAUGAUGUUACAAGCCAACCUGCAAGAAAUUGGGGACCGGUGGGCAGAUGGAAAGGGACCUUUGGCAGCUGCAUUCUCAUCCAGUGAAGUCAAAGCUUUAAUUCGUGCCUUGUUCCAGAACACAGAAAGAAGAGCGGCUGCCCUCGCUAAGAUUAAAUAGCUUCACCGUCUGGAGAAAGCUGCAUCUGACCAUGUGGAUUCCUUUGUUGGCAUAGUUAUUCUCUUAAAGAUUUCACCAGAACCAGUGACUUGGCAUUGUAUUAUUAUUUUUUAAUGCAUUGAUUUUGGUGAGCCAGUUUAUCAUGGAAGCUUGAUAUCACAUCGUUCACAUCACAGUGCUUUACCUCUUGGCCAGUAUGAGGCUUUGUUGAAGAACUGGACGUUCAGACAUUAAGUAAAGUACCUCAGUUCAUUGACUUUAUAGUUACCCUCUGUGGAGAAGAAACUGUUAAAGCCGCGUUAUUUUAUGUCGUUUCCUAGGCCUUGGGGAAUUGUGUCCAUUGCAAAUGUAGACCCUGUUCUUGAGUCAAGGAAUCUAGAUUUCCACAACUCAGGGUAAAAAAUUUAUAAGCAAAUAGGAGAUAUAUUUUAGAGGGGAGAACACAUCUGGCUUUGUGGAAAUCAAGGAGGCAUUCUUUGCUAUUUCUUUCUAAUAAAUAAUAAAUAAUGCUUUUCA